GUGAAACCUAUAUGGAUGCAUAAAUCAGUCACUUAGUUUUUUGUGUGUUUCUGUCAAUGAAUUAGUACUUUUAAUUCUGAAAGCAUGGAUUCACUGGAAACAUCAACCAUGGCAAUAUUCUGGAAGGACAUUCACCAGAUCUUAUACCCUGAUCCAGAACUCACCAGGUUACCUCCAGUUGUCAUUCCACAGUGCACAUGGAAAUACUUUGAUAGAACUUGUGAAAAGGUCUGGUCAGAGCAAGUCAUUUUACCAUGGAUACAAGAAAUGCAAGCAGAUCACGGAAACUUUAGUCUGGGCCUGACAGACAACUACCAGAUAGAGGGCUAUCCCCCAAUGGAGGGCGGCAUUCACAGUGUAAAGAACAGCGUUGAGACUUAUGUUUACCCUUUCUUCCUGUUCCUGGGGACAGUGCUGACCCUUCCACUGAUUGUCCUGAUGUACAAAUUCAGUUAUGUUGUCUGGUCGACCUGUUUUUUCAUGGCUGUCACUUUGGUCCUGGACAUGGUUCUACUCUGUGUUUACUGCGGAAAUGACUGGUACCUACAGGUGUAUCAAAAGUCCCUUAGCAUGGAAAUAAUCUCCAUGUCAAACGCUUCCUGUAAAGUGUACACGUUUCUUAUGAGUUUCAUCAAUUAUCUGUCUCCCUGGGUCAUGGUUGUGAUCACUGCUGAUGUAUAUAUUUCCAUGAACUAUCCUCAUCGUAUCUACAGAAUGUGCACUCGAGAACGAGCGAACGCCACAUUGUUACUGAUUGUGGUUUUGCUUACAUUCAUCAAUCUUCAUCACUUCUGGACCUUUGGACUGACAGAGAAGAGUGUGGACAUGUAUCAGGUCGUUCGUUGGUGCCAUCUGACUUACCAGGACCGUACAAUGGAGGUCUUCACAGAGAAGGUUCAGCCAUAUGUUGACUUCCUUUUCACAAACCUUAUCCCCUUUCUUGUGACUUCCAUCCUUCUCCUCCUCGUCCUUUGUUCCUUCUGUUUGCGUCUCCGCCACAAACAAAAAUACGACAUACACCAUCUAAAGGAUUACUUUCUGGAGGUGGAGGCUUUGCUCCAGAUGCGUUGUUUGGCAGUAAUUCUAUGUGUGUGGUUUGUUAUUGUGUUUCUAUGUAGAUCAAUGCAUCAAGUGUUGUUUUUAAUGUUCCAGGAUAGUGAUAUUUUGGAUUAUGAUACUGUUGUGACUUUACAACUGACAAACAACCUGCUAUUUUACUCCUUCCUAAGUUGCAAGUCUUUGCUGUUUUAUCUACUAAGUGCUAAAAUCCGGAGGUACUUAUUGCAGUGCAUGAUCAGUGUGUACCAAGCUGUAACAGGGCAUUCACAAAGGUACAAAAUACAGCAGCAGUCACAAAACCUCAUCCAGGAACCGGAGGAUAUAGACACUGAAAUUAGAAUAUCCACGGAUGUUUUGGAUACAACAGACACUGAAGUCAAAAUAUCCACAGAUGUUUUGGAUACAACAGACACUGGAAUUAAAAUAUCCACUGAUGUGUAGACUACAACAGGCAAUGGAAUCAAAAUAUCCAAAAAUGUUUGGAUACAAGUGACACUGGAAUUAAAAAUAUCCACUGACGUGUAGGGGAUCAUAUUUAGGAUAUACUACAACACAGAUAAACAUUAUCAGAUACUGACAUGUAAGAUUGUGAGACAACACUAGUAACAUAGAUUACCUACAGAAAGACAUUAUUACAACAUUAACACAGCAGCUGCCCAAAAUAAUAUCUAAAGAGAAAUACAUCUGAUGCCUGAACUAUCCAUUGUGUAAAAUGAAAUAUAUCUAGAUGUAAAGGAAUGUACUACAACUGAAAAUGACUUAACAUGAACAGAGAUGUUAGUCUCAAACUAUCCUCUAAACCACAAAGACAGGGUCAUCUAGUUUCAAAGUGAGCUAUGCUUUUCUGUUGUGAAUAGGAGUCUUUAUUUUUGUCCAUAAUAAAACAAAUAUUGCGUGUCAAUAUAAAGCAAUGCAUAGAAUACAAGUGAAGUACAAUC